AUGUCACCUGCGGCUGCCUCUGCCUCACCCAACGACCGCAUCCGAACCUACGAAGACUUCGCGCGGGUGCACGCGUACGGCGUACCUGCUGGCCGCGGCCGGCAUCCCGCUGUCGCUGCACCAGAAGCUGUACCGGAAGCUCGCGGACGAGGUCUUCGACGGCGGGGAGGUCUUUGCAGUCGAGCCGUGCGAGGACCGGAGUUGCGGGAAGUACCAGGAUUGGCUGAAAGGAUGGUAGCAUUGAUGUGUGUGGAUUUGGACCGCAGGAUUGAAACCGAAGAGGCAGAUGAGCAGGAUGGUGACGAGAGUGGGAGCUUGGAGCAUGUAUUGCAAGUAGUCGACAAAGAAAGGGCUAGAGUUCAGGAGAGGGGAAGUGAUUCUGUAGCAUGGCUGGAACUUGAAGAACUUGGAAUUGAUGAUGACAUGCUAGUAGCCUUGGAUCUAUGUGCAAAAUUUCCGAAUCUGGUAGCUCUGAACCUAUGGGGAAACAAGCUGCAGGAUCCAGAGAAAGUUAUGCAAGAAAUCAGGAAGUGUGCAAAGCUAAAGGCACUUUGGUUGAACGAGAAUCCUGUUCUUGGCAAAAGUAUUGACAAAGCUGUUCUAGAUGGUCUCUCUGGAUUGGAAAUAUACAAUUCACAUUUUACGAGUAAAGCUGGAGAGUGGGCAUUAGGUUUUUGUGCAGACAUUGUUGGAGCAGAUAAUCCCUGUUCUUCUGUGGAAAGCACACUGUUAGGGAGUAUUGAGAUUAUUGACCUUUCUGAUAGAUGCAUUCACAAGCUCCCCGAGGUAUUCUCUCCUAGUAAUUUGCCAUCUCUGUCAAAAUUGAACAUCCGUGGUAAUCCUCUGGAUCAAAUUUCUGGCGAUGAUCUCUUAAAGCUAUUUGGUGGAUUCACUCAGUUACAAGAGUUGGAGGUUGACAUUCCUGGCCCUCUGGGAAACAGCGCAAUCUCCAUCCUUGAGUCUCUCCCUAAUUUAUCUUUGCUAAAUGGUGUGGAUUCCUCAAGUAUAAUAGAGAGUGGGAAGCAUAUAGUUGACUCUGCACUUGAACCGCGGCUUCCAGAAUGGUCGCCUGAAGAACCCCUUGCUGAAAGAGUUAUUGGUGCAAUGUGGUUGUAUCUUAUGACAUACCGGCUUGCUGAUGAGGAAAAGAUUGAUGAAACACCUGUUUGGUAUGUCAUGGACGAGUUGGGCUCAGCCAUGUGCCACAGUGAUAAUGCAAACUUCAGAAUAGCUCCAUUCUUGUUCAUGCCAGAAGGGAAACUAGACACUGCUAUAAGUUACACAAUUCUGUGGCCCACUCAUGAUGUUCAUACUGGAGAAGAGUGUACCCGUGAUUUCUUGUUUGGUAUUGGCGAGGACAAACAGCGUUCGGCUAGGCUUACAGCUUGGUUCCGCACACCUGAGAACUACUUUAUUCAGGAAUUCAGGAAGUACCAGGAACAACUUCAAUCAAAUAGCAUUUGUUCUUCGACAAAAAUAGAAGAGACACCCUCUACCAAAAGUAUACGUCCAAGCGAUGGUCGUGCACUUCGAGUAUAUACUGACAUACCUCAUGUAGAGGAGUUUUUAACACGGCCAGAGUUUGUUCUCACAACUGAUCCAAAGGAGGCUGACAUUAUCUGGGUAAGCAUGCAAGUGGAUUCAGAAGUAAAGAAAGCUGUAGGGCUCACAGACCAACAAUACACAAAUCAAUUUCCUUUUGAGGCUUGCCUUGUCAUGAAGCACCACCUUGCGGAGACCAUCCACAAGGCUUGGGGCUCACCUGAAUGGCUUCAACCUACAUAUAACCUAGAGACCCAUUUGUCUCCACUCAUUGGUAAUUAUUUUGUGAGGAAACGAGAUGGCAUGGACAAUUUAUGGAUCAUGAAGCCUUGGAACAUGGCGAGAACAAUCGAUACCACAGUUACUGGUGAUUUGUCUGCUAUCAUCAGACUUAUGGAGACAGGCCCCAAGAUAUGCCAAAAAUAUAUUGAGCGCCCUGCACUUUUCCAAGGAAGGAAGUUUGAUCUUCGGUACAUUGUUUUGGUCCGUAGUAUCCGCCCUUUGGAAAUAUUUCUAUCUGAUGUUUUCUGGGUUAGGUUAGCAAACAAUCAGUACACUUUGGAGAAGACUAGCUUUUUUGAGUAUGAGACCCAUUUCACUGUGAUGAAUUAUAUUGGAAGGAUGAAACAUAUGAAUACACCAGAGUUCGUCAAGGAGUUUGAGAAGGAGCACCAAGUUAAAUGGCUGGACAUCCAUGAAAGCAUAUGGUCUACGAUACGCUGUGUAUUUGAGUCAGCCGCAGCUGUUCAUCCUGAGAUGCAGAACCCAUUCUCCAGGGCCAUGUAUGGUGUAGAUGUUAUGCUUGAUAACAGAUUCAAACCAAAGAUUCUAGAGGUGACAUAUUGUCCAGACUGCGGGAGGGCGUGCAAAUAUGACACGCAAGCUCUGGUAGGAAGCCAGGAUACCAUCAGAGGCCGUGAUUUUUUCAACACGGUGUUUGGCUGCCUCUUUCUUGACGACCAAACAAAUGUAUCGCCCUUUUUAUUCUCAAUGGAUCGUGGUUUGCCCAGGCUUGCCGAGGCUGAUGGUGGCCACAUCGGUAUCAGCCACCGAAUCCUCUCCCUCUUCCUCUUCGCCGCCGUCUGCAGGUCCGACCCCGACCUCCUCCUGGACUACUGCGUCGCCGACACGGCGUCCUCUCCGCCGUCCCAGUUCCACCUCAACGGCCUGGCCUGCAUCGACCCGGCGUCAGCUCGGGCGGAGCACUUCGCCACCUCGGCGCUGUCGUCGCGGGCGACGACGGAGCACCCGUCCGCCGCCACGGCACCGUUCGGCUUCAACGUGACGGUGACGAACCCCGCGUCGUCUCUCCCCGGCGCGAACGCGCAGGGUCUCGUCAUGGCGCGCACCGACCUGGCCCCGGGCGGUCUGGCGCCGCCGCACACCCACCCGCGCGCGUCGGAGGUGGCGCUGGUGCUGGCCGGCAGCGUCCUGGUGGGGUUCGCGGACACGUCGUACCGGCUGUACACGCAGCUGCUGCGCGCCGGGGAGGCGUUCGUGUUCCCGCGCGGGAUGGUGCACUUCCUGUACAACAUAGACGUGGCGGCGCCCGCCGUGGUGAUGUCGGGGCUCAACAGCCAGAGCCCUGGCGCGCAGCUCGUGCCCUUCUCGGCGUUCCGGACGGAGCCGCGGGUGCCGGAGGAGGUGCUCAAGAAAGCGUUCAAGAUCAACGGCCAGGACGUGCACAGGAUCCAAAGAAACCUCGCCGGAUCCUCAUAG